CCCCGCUACUUUUUCCGCCGAGCUCUGCUACAUGUGAUCGUUGAGGAACGCCUCCGAGGGGGUACAUCAUGAUUCUUGAUAAUGAAUGCCCUUGCAGGUUGCAGCGUGUCACCUGCGACAAUGAAUCUUCGAAGUUUUUGCCUUGCCGUCGGGGAGGGUUUUUCCGUGCGCCAGUAUGUAUCUUGAUACCUUGGUAACAGGACGAGCGAUCAUAGAGCCUGAGGGGGAAUAAAUGGUAGCAAAAAAAGGAGCAGAAACUUCGAAAAGUGGUUCAUAUAAUUCUGAGGAGAGACUACGAUCUGCCUAACUACUGUCCAUUGCAUUUGCUUCAACAUGCCACCAUCAGCGUCAACGGGUCGGUCUGGGUCUUUGAGUAGCGUCGACAACAGGAGUAUCGCUAGCCACUUAGCCCUGCCGUCUGGAAGGGCGGCAGACACACCGCUGGAAAUCGCUGCGUGCCUCCUCCGCCGCAGCCUUGAGAGCCCCAAUGAACUGGAUUUCGUGAAACAGGCUUUGCAUAUUAUAGAAGGAAUCGAUGAAUACACCGCCGCUGCUUCAACCCCGGCUAGUGACUCGUUACUGAAGCAUGUGGAGACAACAAUGCGACAAGAUUGGGAUGCGGUUUAUCAAAAUGGGCAUACAAAGUUUCACCAAUCAGCCAAUUGUUGCGCCGGCAGUUUUGAGGCUGCCUUUGUGUCCUCCAUGGUGUCCGCCACUCGAGCUACGCGAGUUUUGGAAGUGGGAAUGUUUACUGGAACCACAACAAUGGCUAUAGCCGAGGCAUUGCCAACGCAUGGCAAGGUCUACACAUUGGAGAUUGAACCCUACUUGGCGAAACUUGCGCAAAACGCUUUUGAUGCUGCAAACUUAGCGGACAAGAUUGAGAUCAAGCUCGGAGACGGAGCCGAGUCGCUUAGCAACCUUGCUCAUCAGGGCAUUAGUUUUGAUCUGAUUUUCAUCGACGCGGACAAGCAGGGAUAUCGAAAAUACUAUGAUACCAUCAUGAAGAGCGGCCUGCUCUCUCCCAAAGGAACAUUGAUUGUUGACAAUACACUCUUCAAGGGAAAGUACCUCUUGAAUCAACCAGUUUCCGAUGACCCGAACGCAGAAGCGCUUCGCCUGUUCAAUCAGCACGUGCUGUCCGACAAGCGAGUCUCAGUAGUUGUGCUUCCCAUUCGCGACGGUGUGAGUGUGAUCACUCGGCGAAGUCAGCAACCCGAUGCAUCGAGCGAUUCCGUCAUUUUAGGCGAAGGAGGACUUGACAUACUUCAACGACUAAAACUUUCGGACAAAGUAUCCCUUGUGACUGGUGCGGGGCAGGGAAUUGGAAGGGCAUUCGCGCAUGCGCUGGGCGAGGCUGGUGCGGCCGUCGCUGUGGUCGAUAUAGCGAAAGUCAAGGCAGAAGUGGUGGCGAAAGAGUUGAAGGCUAAGGGCAUUAGGAGCAUAGCUGUUGGAGCCGAUGUUACGAAGAAAUCAGAUUGUGUUCGAAUGGUCGAAGAAACUCUCACUGCGUGGGGCCACCUGGAUAUUGCGGUGAAUAACGCCGGAGUGAACUUCAACGGUGCUGCGGAAGACAUUACCGAUAUUCAGUGGGAUACAACGUUCAAUGUCAACACGAAGGGCGUGCUCUACUGCUGCCAGGCUGAGGCGAGAUACAUGCUACAAAGUCAGCGACCUUGCUCCAUCAUCAACACCGCGAGCAUGGCCACUCUUCUUGUGCCGCACCCGCAGAAACAGGCGGCAUAUAAUAGCAGUAAAGCUGCCGUUGUUAAAUUGACGCAAAGCCUUGCGGUCGAAUGGGCUGACCGAGGCGUACGAGUAAACGCUAUCAGUCCUGGAAUCGUAAACACUGCUCUGAUCCAGGAAAACCCAGAUCUCAAGCCUCUCGUGAAGACUUGGCUGGGCCAAAUCCCGCUGAAUCGCCUUGCUGAGGUUACAGAUCUGCAGGCGGCCGUAGUGUAUUUGGCCUCGGAUGCAAGCUCGUAUCUAACUGGGCAGAACUUAGGCAUUGAGGGAGGACAAAGUGUGAUCUAAGCUCUGAAGUAUAUUGCCUAGAUGCUCAUGCAAUCCCCAUCUUGGUUCCUGGCAUUGCAGUUUUCAUGCUCGGAUAUUGAGGAAACACUUCCAUUUAGCCCGCUGCAGCGCGCCAUCAUGGGAGAAUCCUUGCUCUCAAUCAAC